AUGGUUAUCACAGACCGGUUAACCAAAGGUGUGAUACUAGAAGGAAUGUCAGAGAUUGACUCUGAGAGCGUGGCCUGGGCCCUCGUACGAGUACUUAUAAGCAAACAUGGGAUCCCGAAGGCUAUCACCUCGGACAGAGGAAGCCAGUUUACAAGGAUUAACCGCCGACUAUCUACAGCCCAUCACCCCCAGACUGAUGGAUCAACAGAGAGGAUGAACAGUACAGUGGAGACCUACCUCCGCAUCUAUACCUGCUAUGACCAGAGGGACUGGAACAGGUUACUCCCACUUGCAGAGCUAGCAAUUAAUGGCCGUACAUCAACAGCAACAGGGGUCAGCCCCUUCUACCUAAGCCAUGGGUAUAACCUCAGCCCAUUUAGCCCUACCGAGGAGGUAGAGCAACUAGCCGAAGAACCAGCCAAGAGUCCUAUCCAGAAAGGGGAAGCUAUUGUACGGAAAGUUAAGGAAGCCCUAGACUGGGCUCAAGCCUCCAUGGCCUAUUCCCAACAGAAUGCAGAGAAUCAGGCUAAUAAACACAGGAGCCCGGCCACAAACUGCCAAGUGGGAGAUAAGGUCUGGCUAAGUCUGAAGAACAUCUGUACGGACCGACCCAGCAAGAAACUGGACUGGAAGAACGCCAAGUAUGAGGUUAUAGGCCUGGUGGGCAGCCAUGCUGUACGGCUGAAUACACCCCCAGGGAUCCAUCCAGUCUUCCAUGUGGACCUGCUUCGGCUGGCUUCAUCAGAUCCACUUCCUUCCCAGAAGAAUGAUGAUACCCAGCCCCCUGGCAUCAUUGUGAACGGCGAGAAAGAAUACAUGGUAGAGAAAAUCCUGGACGAACGUCCCAGGAGAUACGGGAGAGGUCACCGGCUGGAAUACCUAGUGAAAUGGUCAGGCUAUGCUCGGCCAACCUGGGAAGCUGCCACAGCUUUGGAGGAAGCACAAGCUCUGGAUGAGUGGCUGGAUCGUACAAAACAGUAUAGACUUCAGGACGGCUCACUAAACAGAGAUGCAUACAUAAAGGCUAAAGCGACAUGA